AUGUAUAAAGCGGGCGCACGGCGUAGGAACCCACCGGCACAUGACUUGGAGGGUGCCGAAGGCGGAGAGGAGGCUCCAGCAGUGACCCCGGAGCCCGGGACCCCGGUGACGGUCCCCGUGGAGACGAGCGGGCCGGAGCGGGAGGAGUCGGCUGCGGGGACGGCGGCUGCUGCUGCCCCGUACAUCGCUGUGCCACCGGAAUGGGCCGCGGGUGCUGCCGCGGCUCAACCUGUCGCUGCGCUCACGGGGCCGGACACCGGCGAUGCCGCGGCUCUGCACCUCGCCCUAAAGUUUUCAUUGCGGCGGCGGGAGGAGGGGGAACUGCCGCUGGCCUUCCGCUGCUCGCUCCUGGCCCUGGCGCAGGCUGCAUACCCUGACCUGUACGGCAGGGCACUUGAUUCUAUGGCCUUGGGGAAGCUGCUUGACCUGGCAAGGGAGCUAGGAAUUGCUCUGUCGAUCAACAAUGAUCGGCAGAUCACAUCCUUGGCGGUCGCAGAAAACAUUCAGGCGCACCUCUCCCUCCGCCAACGGCCUCAGAUGGCGGCGUGUGCGGGGAUCCUGGCGCCGGACGGGGGGGACACCCUCGCGGCCCUGGCGAUGCCCGAUCGUCGAGGAAGGGGAACGGGUGGUCGCCGUCCGGAGCAGCGGGGGCGGCCGGGACCUUCCCGUCCACAGGAGGCGGACACGGUGGCCUGCUUCCGCUGUGGUCAGCGGGGCCACAUUGAGCGGGGCUGCCGGAAUGCCCCGGGGGCCUUUGGAAAAGGGACUCCACCUUCUCCCAGACCCUCCUUGGCAUCGGGUUCGGGGCCCCAGGCCCCUCCCGAGUGAGGCCGACAGAGACCCCCCAGGCACCGGAGGCCACGGCGGUGGGCCUGUUGCCCGCUGACGGCCCACCUGCACGGGUGGCGGACACCGCACGAGGGAGCGGGCCAGCAGCGCAUACCCGCUCGAGGGGGGUGCGGCUCCGGUGACGGCCCUGAUGGCCGUUCAGCGGGCCUAGCCCCUGGCGCCCGUUCGGCGCUAUCCGGCGGAUGAGGCCUUCGGGCUCUAUUUGUUUUGUUUUUUGUUGUUACUGUUCUGCUUGAAGGGCCGUGCUGCCCUAAGGUUGAUUGCAGCCGGGUCG